GCGGUUGCUUCCAAGAUGGCGGCGGCGGCGGCGGAGCCGGGAGCCGGGGGCUCCCAAGCCGGGGACUCCAGCGCCGGGGCCGCUGGCGGCGGGCUCCCCUCGCCCGGGGAGCAGGAGCUGAGCCGGCGCCUGGAGCGUCUGUACCCGGCGGUGAACCAGCAGGAGACGCCGCUGCCCCGCUCCUGGAGCCCCAAGGACAAGUAUAACUACAUCGGCCUCUCCCAGAACAAUCUCCGCGUCCACUACAAAGGUCAUGGCAAAAAUCACAAAGAUGCUGCAUCAGUUCGAGCAAUGCACCCAAUACCUGCUGCCUGCGGCAUUUAUUAUUUCGAAGUGAAGAUUGUCAGUAAAGGUAGAGAUGGGUACAUGGGAAUAGGACUCUCAGCUCAAGGUGUCAACAUGAACAGACUUCCUGGUUGGGAUAAACAUUCAUAUGGCUACCAUGGUGACGAUGGACAUUCAUUCUGCUCCUCUGGGACCGGGCAGCCCUACGGCCCCACAUUCACUACUGGCGACGUGAUUGGCUGCUGUGUCAACCUCAUCAACAACACCUGCUUCUACACAAAGAACGGGCACAGUCUAGGUAUAGCCUUUACAGACCUCCCUGUAGCCUUUAGGGAAUCCAGUACAGUCAACGCUCAGUUAUUUGAGAUGUUUGGCAGCAAAAGGACAGGGGAGGAGUCUAACCUGUAUCCCACGGUGGGCCUGCAGACUCCGGGAGAGAUUGUUGAUGCAAACUUUGGGCAGCAGCCAUUUGUGUUUGACAUUGAAGACUACAUGAGGGAGUGGAGAGCCAAGAUCCAAGGCACGAUUAAACGCUUUCCUGUCGGCGACAGACUAGGGGAGUGGCAGGAUAUGCUGCAGAAUAUGGUCUCUUCCUACCUGGUGCAUCAUGGGUACUGUGCGACAGCCACAGCUUUUGCACGCAUCACAGAAACCACAAUCCAAGAAGAGCAGACUUCCAUAAAGAACAGACAAAGAAUACAGAAGCUUGUGUUAGCAGGCAGAGUGGGAGAGGCCAUCGAAGCUACCCAGCAACUCUACCCGGGCCUCUUAGACCACAACCCCAACCUGCUCUUCAUGUUAAAGUGCCGGCAGUUCGUGGAGAUGGUGAAUGGAACAGACAGUGAAGUCCGCUGUUUCAGUGCACGCAGCCCCAAAUCCCAGGAUAGCUAUCCAGGAUCCCCCAGCCUCAGCCCCCGACUUGGUUCCAGCAAUUCCCACAUCCACAGCACCGGAACAGACAGCCCAAGUUGUAGCAACGGGCUCACGUUGACAAAAAGCAAACAGAGUCACAGUAAAUACCCAGCUCUGAGCUCUUCCACAUCCUCUUCCUCAUCUUCCUCCCCUGCAUCAGUCAACUAUUCUGAGUCAAACUCAACAGACUCCACCAAAUCUCAGCAGCACAGUAGUACGAGUAAUCAAGAGACCAGUGACAGCGAGAUGGAGGUAGAGGCCGAGCAUUACCCCAAUGGAGUCCUGGAGACCUCGGCCACCAGGAUAGUGAAUGGUGCCUACAAAUCAGAGGAGAUACUGCAGACCGAUGAGUCCGGCGUGGAAGAUGGGCGUCCUCGACGACAGCUGUGCGGCGGCAACCAGGCCGCCACAGAAAGGAUCAUCUUGUUUGGUCGAGAGCUGCAGGCCCUCAGUGAGCAGCUGGGCAAAGAGUAUGGGAAGAACGUGACUCAUAAAGAGAUGCUGCAGGACGCGUUCAGCUUGUUAGCGUAUUCUGACCCGUGGAACUGCCCUGUCGGUCAGCAGCUCGACCCGAUACAGAGGGAGCCGGUGUGUGCUGCUCUCAACAGUGCGAUUUUAGAAUCUCAGAACCUGCCAAAGCAGCCCCCACUGAUGCUUGCCCUGGGCCAGGCCACCGAGUGUCUGCGUCUCAUGGCUCGGGUGGGCUUGGGCUCCUGUUCGUUUGCCAGAGUCGAUGACUAUUUGCACUAGCUGCCCAAGUGGGAUGGAGCACCGUCGUUCUGUACUGCCCUCCUCCCUCCUUCCCCAGCCUGCCCUCCUCUGUGCUGUCCAGCCCUCCUUCAUCCAUGCUGCCUGGUGCAAGGACAGAGUGCCGAUCAACCCCCCCCUUGUCGCUAGUGGCCUCCCAUCACAUAUGAGAACCUGGACGCUCCUGGAAGAGUCGGCUUCUGCCACUUCUCCCGGCCCCCUCCUCCCCGAUCUCUCGCCUUCCUCUCCUUCCACCCCUCCUUCUUCCUCUCCAUCACUGCAGCAGCAGCAACACAUGCAGUAUUUGGCUGGUUACUCAAACGUAGCACCUUCCAAUUUUAGGGAUUUUUUUUUUGUUUUUGUGGGUUUUUUUUUUUAAUCUUUAUUUUUUUCCUGACUGAGCCACCAGUAUUUAUCUCUGGAGAGUGUGUGCUGAGUUGGUUUCUGCUAAUUUAGUGAUAAAGCUCACCUAAGUUGGUGAUAGCUUCUUAUUUUCUUAAGUAAAAAAAAUAUAUAUAUGUGUAUGUAUACAUAUAUAUAUAUAUAUAUAUAAAACACAGUAUUUAUCUCUAGUGCUAGUCGUCUGGACCCUUUGGGAGAGGGAGUUCGGACUGUGUACAUUUUUAUUGGGAUUCCCCCUCAUUAAAAAAGAAUCAUCUCUUCCACCUCAA